AUGACGCUCGAUAGUGCGACGGACAAGGCGAAGAAACAGGUCCUUAACAUGAUGGUGUGCGGGCCUCUCGCUUGUUUCCUCAUGCAAUUUUCUAUAAGCUAUAAUCGCGAGACGGCGGCAAACCUUCUGGAGAGGCUGAAGGAAGAGCGUCAUCGGCUUCGUAUAUCUGUGGGCAUGGAUGUCGAGGACGACGUCGACGUGCUAGUAGAAGUCGUCAUGAUGGCCAAUGCAGCCCGUGGGGAAGAUCCGAUUUAG